AUGGCCAAGAAGAAAAGUGAUGAGCAACCCACGGAGGGUAGUGGUGACACUGAAUACGGGGAGGAGCCCAAUUUCGAUGAUCCACCGGGUUUUGUGGAUGAUAUUUCGGACGAAGAACUCCUGGCGGAUAUGAUGAAGCAGAAGCCAUGCGCAACGGAUGGCGUGGAGAGUGUUAUUGUGGUGGAUAACAUCCCAAUUGUGGGGCCACCGCGUAUGGAGAAGCUAAAGUCGGUGAUUGAGAAGCUCUUCUUCUCCUUUGGCGAGGUAACGAAUGUCUUCUACCCCCUGGAUGACAAUGGCAAUACGAAGGGGUAUGUCUUCUUGGAGUACAAAAACCCCGAAAAUGCCGAAGAAGCCGUUAAGGAGAUGCACAAUCAUCGUUUGGAUAAGAACUACACCUUUGCGGUGAAUCUCUUUACGGACUUUGCCAAGUAUGAGAAUAUCCCGAAGGAAUGGGAGCCACCAAAGGCACAACCAUACACGGUGCAGAGUGAUCUGUACAACUUCCUGCUGGAACCCGAUGCAUACGAUCAAUUCUGCGUGGCUGCUGAGACGGCUCCGUCCAAUGUUCAAGUGCAAUUCUGGCAGAAUACCCUCCCGGAGCCAACGGACAUCGAAAAAAGAGAUCGAUUUACAGACACGUUUGUCAAGUGGUCCCCCCAGGGCACGUACAUCGUGACGUUCCACAAGCCAGGCGUUGUUCUCUGGGGUGGCACGAAGUUCGUGAAAAUCAACAAAUUCCCCCACACUGGCACGCAAUUCGUGGACUUUUCCCCAUGCGAACAGUACUUGGUGACGUACGGCCCAACGCCGCAGGGGCAGAAGAUCAUAAUUUGGGACAUCCGGACGGGGCAGGAGAAGCGCUCCUUCAUCUCCGACGGUGUGAGCAAUCUCUCAAUGUUCCGGUGGUCGCAUGAUGAUAAAUACGUAGCCCGUAUGGAUGAGGGUGCCAUUUACAUCUAUGAAACACCCAAUUUCUACCUUCUUGACAUGAAAUCCAUCAAAGUGCCGGGAAUAAGGAAUUUCAGCUGGUCCCCAACGGACAACAUAAUUGCCUAUUGGGUGGCUGAGACAACCGAUGUACCGGCAAAGGUGAGCCUGUUGGAGAUCCCAAAGAAACGGGAGAUUCGCAAUAAGAACUUGUUCAAUGUGGCCGACUGCAAGAUUCAUUGGCAGCAAUCCGGGGACUAUCUCUGUGUGAAGGUUGAUCGUUUUUCCAAGUUGAAAAAAGACAAGAAGGAUAGCGAUGUGAAAUUCCUCGGGAUGUUUUAUAACUUUGAGAUCUUCCACAUGCGUGAACGCGAUAUCCCCGUUGAUUCGGUGGAGAUUAAGGACCUCAUCCUUGCCUUUGCAUGGGAGCCAAUUGGGCAGAAGUUUGCCAUUAUUCACGGGGAGCAAACGAGCGCCAAUGUGACCUUCUACAAAGUGCAAACGGGUCAAAAGCCAAGCUUGAUAAAGAAGCUGGAAAAGAAGGUGUGCACGCAUCUGUUUUGGUCACCACGCGGGCAAUUUAUCGUGCUGGCCAAUCUCACGCUGGGUGUCUUUGAGUUCAUUGACACCAACAACUACUUCAUGGUUAUGAAUACCGGUGACCACUUUAGGGCUUCCGAGGUUGAGUGGGACCCCACGGGGCGCUACGUUGUCACCGGGGUGUCAUCGUGGAAGGUGAAGGAGGACAAUGGGUACUACCUGUGGAAUUUCCAAGGUCGCUGUCAGAAACGCGUUAUGCUGAAGAAUUUUGUUCAAUUCCUCUGGCGUCCACGACCAGCGUCCCUCCUUACGGAGGCAGAGCAGAAGAAUAUCCUCAAGGAGCUCAAGAAGUACUAUCCGCAAUUUGAGAGUAAGGAUCGCAUGCGCAUGACUAGGGCAUCGAAGGAACUCCUGGAGAAACGGGCAAAACUCAGGGAGCAAUUCAAUGAAUACCGCAACAAGAGGAUUUCAGAGUGGCAAAGUCAGAAGACAAGGAGACUUCAAAUGAGAAAUCAUAUCGACACGGAUACAUUGGAUACGUCGGACGUUGAGGAGGAGAUUGUGGAAUUUUUAGUAAAAGAGGAAACAACAAUUCUCGAGUAGUCGCCCAAAUUUUUCGUGUUUUCUGCAAGGCGGAUCUUCUCUUCGAACACCGUUGGAGGAUCCCCAGAAUUUUGACGUAGAUCAACGUACCGGGUUUGUGAACUGGUACGUACAUCCGCCUUGCUGUUUCUCUCUUUGCUGAAUUCUUGAAGAAAAAAAGGGUAUUCGUGUGCUGCGUGAAGUUUUAUCAAGAAAAGCAGAAGAAUUUUUAGUGGAAAUUUGCGCAUUUUAAAAAAAAGGAAAAAGGUUAAAGCAGAUAAGAUUAAAUUAAAAUUUAAAUAAAAAAAGAAACAAUAUUGUAAUUUUAACCGGAAAUAUGAAUUUCCACAUAUUUUUAAAGGAAACUUCUGUAAUGAAUGUUCGUAUUAAAACACAUGUAGGAAUUAAAA